CACACGAUUCAAAUAAACAAACUGAUAAAAAUCAACGUUGACUUUUAAGAACUAAGAGUAGAAAGACUGCUCCGGGCUUUCAGCAUUUUUGAGUCAGUUGAACCUAAGAAUAUUUUGGAGUUUCCACAUCUCAUUGUAAUAAAUCAACCCGAGCAUUCAGUCGGAGAGGUUCUUGAGAUCAAAAAAAGAAAAAAAGAAAAAAAAAGUGAAUUUCUAACAGUACCUAGGCAGGUUGCGAAAGUUUCCCACCCUCCCCCUUACACACACACACACACGCACACACGCAGUGACACAUUCCAGCGGGCGGAGUCAGUGUUUGUGAAUGAGCCGUCGUGUUUCAGCCGAGGUUUGAAGCUCCUCACUCUCAGAGGAGGUUCAGUCACAGCAGGAUCUCACAGACGCACAGAGAACACAGAGAAAAGUUUUUUCCCGAUGGAUUUCCUCACUGGACUAAGACCUUUAUUAUUCACCUAUGUCCUCAUUAACGGCAUUCUCAUCACACUGCAGACCAAAGAAGAGGUUCUCUUGGACAUGAGGGCCACAGGAGGUGAACUGGGCUGGUUGACAUGGCCCCUGGAUCAGGGUGACAAGCUUGGGUGGGAGGUGGUCCAGAGGACUCUGAACGGCUCCCAGUUCUACACCUACUCUGUGUGCAAUGUUGGCGAACGUGAGCAGGACAACUGGUUGCGUACGACCUUUAUUCAGAGGCACCCGUCGGCUUCGAGGGUUUUCGUAGAAAUCCAGUUUAUUGUACGCGAUUGCAACUCCUUUGACGGUGCCUCACUGACCUGCAAGGAAACCUUCAACCUCUUUACGUCAGAGUCGGACGCAGAUGUAGGGACGACCUUCCGCAAAAGCCAGUUUAGAAAAGUGGCCACAAUAGCGCCCGAUGAAAUCACCAGGAGGAAUGAAGUGCGGAUCAACACAGAAACAAGAGUGGUUGAAAACCUGUCUAGAAAAGGCUUCUACUUGGCCUUUCAAGACAUUGGUGCGUGUGUUGCCCUUCUAUCUGCCAGGGUCUACUACAAAACCUGCCCAGCCACUGUGAAGAGCCUUGCGUCAUUUCCUGAGACUGUGGCUGGAGGUGAAAACCAGGCCCUAAGGGAGGUGAGCGGGGUUUGCGUGGAAAAUGCAGUAAGUGAGGAGCUGCCUCGAAUCUACUGCACCGUGGAUGGAGAGUGGGUGGUACAAGUCGGACAGUGCCAAUGUAAACCAGGUUAUGAAGAAGUCCAAGACGCCUGUCAAGAGUGUCGCCCUGGCUUCUUCAAAGCUGAAGCAUCCAACCACCAGUGUGCGCCCUGUCCUGCCCACACCCAGAGGCUCAGCACUGGAGCCCUGGUCUGUCCCUGCAUGGACGGCUUCUAUCGGGCUCCAACAGACCCCCCCUCUGGACCGUGCACCGGUAUCCCAUCUGCUCCUCGAGAUCUCGUGGCCACCACCACACAGCUCUCGGCAGGAAAAAUCCUCCUCUCCUGGACGCCACCUGAAGACACAGGGGGUCGAACCGACAUCACCUACAGCGUUGAGUGUUUGCGCUGUGAUGGCACAGCUUGUCAGCCGUGCGGAGAGAAAAUACGAUACGAUCCUGGCAGCGUGGGCCUGACCGACACCAAGGUGUCGGUGAGCGAGCUGGAGGCUCACCUGAACUACACCUUCACUGUGGAGGCCCACAGUGGAGUGUCUAUGUUUGUGAAUCAAGCCUCGCCGCGGGCUAAUCGACCUCCAUCAACCAGCGCUCUGACUACAUAUCUUCACUACACAGAUCCUCCCAAAAUCAUGGCAAUAAGACUGGUGGAGAGGACGCCCACCAGUCUGUCCCUUUCUUGGGACGUAUCACCCCAACCACGGGCCCAGAAUCGGGCCGUUCGCUAUGAAAUUACCUACCGCAAAAAUGAUGAAACACUGGAUGGCACCACUUACAUUGUCCACAGAUUUGAAAAGAACUCCGUCCAGAUCAAUGAUCUGACCCCAGGCACCGUCUACCUGUUCAGGGUUCAGGCCCUCGGCACUGACGGCAGCGCCGGAGGCUCCAUCUUAGAGGAACACUUUGAGACUUCAUCUGAAGGACACCUUGCUCCAAACAACACAGCAAUCAUCUUCAUCUCAGCCAUUGGGGCAGCAGCCAUGUUGUUCAUAGUAGUUGUGAUUCUGUUCCUGCGCAGGAGGAAAAGAAACUCUCACACCAGACAAGGACCAGAGGACACCUACUUUUCAAGCUCAGACCAACUGAAGCCUCUGAAGACCUACGUGGAUCCUCACACCUACGAGGACCCCAACGUAGCCGUGCUGAAGUUUGCCACGGAAAUCCACCCCAACCAUAUAACCAAACAGAAAGUAAUUGGAGUUGGUGAAUUUGGAGAGGUGUACCGUGGUAUUCUGAAGGUGCCGGGCAGGAAAGAAGUGACGGUGGCCAUAAAGACACUGAAGCCUGGCUACACAGAAAAGCAGAGACAGGAUUUUCUGAGUGAAGCCUCCAUCAUGGGCCAGUUCUCCCACCAGAAUAUCAUUCAUUUGGAAGGAGUGGUCACCAAAUGUAAGGAUUUCUCAGUUAAACACGCGAUGAUUGUCACUGAAUACAUGGAGAAUGGAGCACUGGACAGGUACCUCAGGGAUCACGAUGGGGAGUUUUCCUCCUUCCAGCUUGUUGGGAUGAUGCGAGGCAUCGCUGCAGGAAUGAAAUAUCUUUCUGACAUGAGCUACGUCCACCGUGACCUGGCUGCCCGCAACGUCCUCGUAAACAACACGCUGGAGUGUAAAGUCUCCGACUUUGGCCUCUCCAGGGUCCUGGAGGACGAUCCUGAGGGCACAUACACCACAAGUGGAGGAAAGAUACCUAUUCGUUGGACGGCUCCAGAAGCGAUAGCCUACAGGAAAUUCACCUCAGCUAGUGACGUGUGGAGCUUUGGAAUCGUCAUGUGGGAGGUCAUGGCUUUUGGGGAACGACCAUACUGGGACAUGAGCAACCAUGAGGUGAUGAAGGCCAUCAACGAGGCCUUCAGGCUGCCCGCUCCCAUGGAUUGCCCCUCGGCUGUUUAUCAGCUGAUGCUGCAGUGUUGGCUUCAGGAUCGCUCCAAGAGGCCACGUUUUGGAGACAUCGUCAGCCUCCUGGACAAGCUGCUGCGGAGUCCAGACUCCCUGAAGACCAUCGCAGACUUUGACCCACGCGUAUCCAUUCGCCUGCCCAGUACCAGCGGGUCAGACGGCUCCCCCUUCAGGUCGGUGUCUGAGUGGCUGGAGUCCAUUAAGAUGAGUCAGUACAGUGAGAACUUUACCUGUGCUGGGAUUGUCACCAUGGACCAGGUUCUUCAGAUGAAGAAUGAGGACAUUAAGAACAUUGGAGUGAGGCUCCCCGGCCAUUUGAAAAGAAUUGCCUACAGUAUCUUGGGUCUGAAGGACCAGACCAGCACCCUGAGUGUGUUUGCAGUGUGAUCCUGACAAAGGAGCAGCAUUAAAACCGGGCACUGAAGCAGGGAGCCCUUUGAACUCUCUUAACCUGAGCUGGAGCGAAACUGCGGGGACGGCUGAUCCGAGAAAAAAAAAAAAACAACAAAAAGGAGAAAUGACCUGGGAUCUUUCAAAGCCGACUGAAACAGACUGACUCACUGUAUAUUUGUGAUUUGUUUUUUUCAUCAUAUCCACAUGGGAAUGGAGAAAAUGCUCAGCAGUAAAUGACUCGAUUAGACUGUAAUUUUAGAUAUCUAUUUUUAUUACACAUCUCUGUACAGUUUCUCAUGCAUUUAUGGUCAUGUUGUUCCUUUAUCUUAGAUUCCAGCUCCAUAAAAAUGGACAAUUAGUCUGGAUCAGGGAGCAGCACCGGUGCUGCAGCCUGUUCUUCUUCUCUCCACAGUCAAACAAACAAGGGAAGUGGAGUAAGUUGUGUUAGUUAGUCUGUGUGCAGUGGAGUCCAGGCUAGAAUCUGCCUGUGGUCGCUGAUGUCAUGGCGUCUCCCUUAAAUUGGCACUUUGGUCCCUUCGCUGCUGGACCAAUGAGGACGCAGGACCAAUGAGGACGCAGCACCAAGAUGACAGCCAAAAUGAGCUUGAAGUGGCCUGGAGGUGGAGCUGUAGGGACGCUGUUGCUUAGGUGUGUAAGAACCUAAGAGUGACCCAGGGUCUCGGCCUUCUGUUGGCGCAACGUUUAACACUAAGCUAAAAAACAAACACCUAUAUAUGAGGUACUUUUGUGUAAAUUUUUUUAUUUUGAAUUUUUUUCAUUCUCUGCUUUGUUUAAAACAGUGACAUUUUACUAUGUAGCACUUGGAUCAAAUCUUGGUUUGUCUCUGAUUUGCAAGAGUAACAGUGACCACAAGUGAGUUAAGCUAAAUGGAAGGUGUCAAAGUAACAACAGUUUGAGGUGGACAUGGACAUGCUGGCUGGGAGGGCAGUUAAUCUGUUAGCAACAGGCCAGUGAUGAAGAGGGAGGUGGUGAAAAUCACUGUGGUAAAAGUGAUUUCAUACUUAAUUACAGCCUGGUUUGGAAUUUCAAUGACCCAGUUAGUUUGGAAGGACCUUCUCAGUACAUAUACUUGUAACUUUGUUGUUUCUGUUGUGAGCAGAUUGAACUCAACUGUAAAUGAACUCCAGUACAUGCUUUGACAGUUAUAAGAAUUGAAAGCAUUUAAUUAAUGCUUGUUUUUUUGAGCAGCAGUUGGUGUCUUUUUCUUUUCUUUAAAUGGCUCUUACAACUGUGUUUCCCAAACAGUGGUUCAAAAACCAAAAAUGUUCCCCAGAAUAAAGUAAAAAGAAGACUGCUUUUUUGUCUUCCGUUUUUCCAGAAUACAACGGAACAAACAAGUAUGCACUACAAUGGCAAUGCUAGGAUAGCAGUGUAGUAUGUACCUCAUUUUCAAAUGACAAC